GGCUCUAUCCGCUGCAGAGCCCGCGUCGAGCCGCACUUAUUCCCUCUGGGUCUGCACUUUAUCUUGGAAACUUGUUUUUUUUUGUUUUUUAAAAACCGAACCGUUCACAGGAAAGGACACCGCGCCGGAAAAUGACGAUGGCCCCGGAGCCGCUACGUUCAGCGACGUCUAUCAAGCCAGCGGACGACACGUCCCUCAUGGUGCCCUCCGACAACAAGCUGCGCACGGGACAGCAGCGCGUGCUGGAUCAGGUGUUGACCAUCAAAAGGAGCAAGUCCAAACAGGGGAAGAACGGCCAAAUUUCGCCUUCGCCAACAAGCUUGUCUCCGCAGAAUUUGACCACAUAUGACUUUGUAGGCUUCAAGUUUUCUCCACUCAAAACAAACGCCUACAGCCGCACCAGCUCCGCUCAGUCGUCCAGCUACAGCAAAGGGAUAAACACUCAACGGAGUCAAACUCUAAAGGCUGGAACCAUUGGAGGAAGACAUAUCAGCUCCUCAGGCGUAUGGGAGCAGCAAAUCAACAAUACCACCUGGCCUCGGGGUCCCAAUGAGGGGCUGAAAUCCGCUCGCAGUGACCCUGCCUUGGCUCAUUCCAUUUCUGUUUUUUCUGCACCUCCACCCGCUAUGAGAGCCAAAGGGCAGGUCCAGAGCCAGCAGAGCCUCCAGACUCGAAUAAAUAGACAAAGCACCUAUUCUAUGACCAAUGGCACGGUGAUGACCUCCAGCCAGCCAGGUUUCGGCCGGCCCCCCUCUGCCGUGUCUCAGACUGACGGCAGGAUGGGCACCAUCAAAACGUCCAAGAUAGAGCAGCAGUCGGUGAACAGCAUGGCGAACAUGUCAAACAUGCCGGACAUAACCCUGAAGGAGGCCAUAGAGUUCCUGUCUCACCCUGAAGAGAAUUACCAGCAGUGUGGAGCUACCUUCAUCCAACACACCACCUUCAAAGAGGAGAACGCCAAACAGGAGGUUUUCCAACAAGGCGGAAUCCCCGCUCUGGUAACCUUGCUGCGGAGCCCCAACACCGGGGUGAGCCAGGCUGCUGCAGGGGCUCUGAGGAACCUGGUGUUCAAAGACCAGGACAACAAGCUGCAGGUUCAACAUUGUGGCGGUAUAGCUAAGGCCCUGCAGCUACUAAAAGAGACCGAUUCUACUGAGACCCAGAAACAAAUCACUGGCCUGCUAUGGAACCUGUCCUCCGCCGAUGAGCUGAAGUCAGAGCUUAUCGCUACAGCGCUGCCCGCCCUGACUGAGAAUGUGGUGGUGCCAUUCACCUGCUGGUCAGAAACCAGCACCAACAACAACAUUCAUCCUGAUGUCUUUUACAGCGCCACAGGAUGUCUGCGGAACCUGAGCUGUGCCCAGCAGAAGGAGAGGCAGGCAAUGAGAGAUUGCCGUGGCCUCAUUGACUCCCUCAUGAGUUAUGUUCAGUCUUGUGUGGCGGAGGAAAACCCUGAUGACAAGUCUGUGGAGAACUGUGCAUGCAUCCUCCAUAACUUGACCUUCCAACUGGAAAAAGAGUCCCCUGAGUGCUUCAGCAAGUUCUUACCUAAGACAAAUGGGAAACCUGGGGGUAAGAAAAGCCCAACGACUGGAUGCUUCAGCCCCAAGAGCAGCAAGGCUCAAAAGGAGUUUUCAUUUGAUGCGCUGCGGGCAAUGCCAGAUGAGAGCACCCCAUCAGGUGUGAAGUGGUUGAGCCAUCCUAAAGCCAUGCAGACCUACCUGUCUCUGCUGGGCUCGUCCCAGAAAGAUUCCACCCUGGAAGCCUGCUGCGGUGCCCUGCAGAACCUCACUGCCAGCCAGGAACUGGGCUCCAGUGUCAUGAGUCAGCUUUUGGUUCAAAAGCUGGGGGCUAUGAUGCACAUGCCAAGUCUUUUAAAGUCUUCCAACAAGAAUUUGCAGAAGACCGCCAUGUCCCUGCUGGGAAACAUGUCUCGGACCAGCAGUUUGCAGAGCUCCAUGGCAAAACAGAUUCUGCCUGAGCUCAGCGGCCUCCUUUCCUCCGGCCCCUCAAAGUUGGGAAACUCUGACGACACUAUAGCAACAGCUUGCAGCACAGCGCGGAGUCUGUUGAUGGCGGACCCCGACUUCAGCAAGAAGUUCAUCAACAAUGAACUGAUGUCAGCAAUGGCUGAUCUCAGCGAGAACAGGUCUUUCCCCAAAGGCAGCAAAGCAGCUUCCCUGCUGCUCUACAACGUAUGGAAUGACAAGACUUUCCAAGGUGUUGUGAAAAAGCUGGGGAUGGGCAAAUCGCUUUUUGUCAAUGACAACACCACAGCAGCGCACAAGUCGGUGCAAGUCAUUGAGUGACGAGUGAAACAGCACCACAAAGUCUGAGAGACUCGUGUGUGCACUUGCAGAUGGAAACCAGCAUGUUUAGACACUGCUGUGGCCACACCCUUGCAACGAGGAGAGUAAAAUUACAUUCUUCACAUAAUAACCUUGUUGAAAGAGCCUAUCAGUUAAGAGUGAAUCAUAUGUUGUACAUACAAAAGAGAGCUUUUAAUUUCAUGAGUAAUCCUGCGGUGUUUUGUGUAUUUAAUUUGGAUAUGUUUCUGACUGUGUAUAUAAAGGGGUGAGUGUGUUUUUGGUAGGUGAAGUGUAGCUGAAACCCAGUUCUCCCAGUCUGAGAGCUGCAGAAAAUAUUAUCUGCAGGGAAAGUUACUACAGGCAUGCAGUGAUUAUUUAGAUUCAUUGUUGUGCAUUGUCGUGUUGUGGCCUUGAGGACUGAGCAGCCAAAAUGACAGUAAUAAGAAAAAUGUAUUUUUGAUGCUAUCACUACAGAUUGAAAUCUUGUACAAUGUUGUAUUACUUUGUUCUGUUAUGUUUCAUUCUGUGAUUCAGAAUUAUGUUUUAUAAAAAAUAAGCAGAAAAUGCGACAAGAGUGCCUAAAUAGUUAAAGGAAUAGUUCAGAAUUUUUGGGAAAAA